AUGGCACGCAAGAAGAUAGCCUCGAUAUUCAAGCCCUAUAUACCAAAUAAUAGCGCACUUACAAACGACAUUAAUGAUAUGUACUCGCUUGUACUGCGUGGACUUAAUGGGUUGGAACAACAAUCUGAAAGCAAUUCAACUUUAAAGCUCUUGAACCAAUUGCAAGAAGAGCCAAAGCUGAAAGAGAAUGGCAGCUAUUACAGGGAAUAUAAUGGGACUGAAUCAAACACACAGCAUUUUAACGAGGGAAACUCUUUAGGCUAUCCCAAGUUUGAUCAGUACCUGGAGGAAGCGUCAGCACCAUACGAAGGGCCUGAUACAGAUGCAGGUAAAGGUAGAGGAGAGGAUUUAAUACAACCCUUGAAAGAACUAGCGGAGUCUAGACAUGUGCUGACACUGCAAUAUAAAGAGAACACUGCAUCAAAUGAUCACGCGAUCGAGGGUUCUCGUAAACUACCGUUGUCACCUCCAAAACCACAAAUGCUGCAAAAAGAACUACCCAAUGUAAGAAGUGAAGAUGACGACGGCACACCACCAAGCAACCAUGUUGAGACUCAAACGAAAGGGGGAGAAACAAAGAAUGAAAUACGAAGAAAGCUUUCAAAGUACGGUGCUCUUCCCAAAGCUGGAACUCAAGCAACUUUAACAGAGAAAGAAGCCGCUGCCGAGAUUCUAAAGAAUGGCCAUUCCGCAAGAACUGAAGAUAUUGCGAUGUGCAGUUCAAUGAGUGGCCAGUUGGAACGUUUUAAGAUUAAGCCAGUGGAAACGACAAAUAAUAAACCGACAGGAGCCACUUCCACUUCGUCCGUCCAAGCAUCAGCCAAUAUGCGAGGAAAAAUCCCUUGGAAUAACCUUGCAAGUAUCUCACUGGGUACACGAACUGAAACUUUAGAAAACAAAAAGAAAGAAGAUACAUCAUUCCGUUCACCACCUAACAACUUUCUACAUGCAUCAGGGCAUGACCUACAUUCCAAACUAGUCGACAGCUCUUCAUUUACUAGGUCAACAGAGAGCAAACACUUUAAGCAAUAUGAAAAAGCGCUAGAUAAAACAAAAGAAAGCUUCACGAAUACACCAUUUCAAAAAAAUCGGAGCAAACCGACUGAAGGCGGUUUUGAGCACGCAACUUUGAAGAAGAAAGCACAGGCCACCGGUCCUUCUUCAACUGGACCAAGAAAGCAAACUUUUGUUACCUCAACAGAGAGUUUUAUUAAGAAAGCUAAUUUAAACAAACUGGCGAAGCCGGGCUCAUUAGACUAUAGCAGUAACAGUCCAGCUGAAAAGCCACCAUAUAAAGCUAAAGAACCAAGUAUGAAUACGGUUCACGAAUAUCAGAGAUUUGGUCGCCAAGACCUUCUGAAGGGUGAACGAUGGGUUCCUAUUAAUGAUGCUUAUGCGUCCGGAAAGAGCCAAAGCUAUUCAGGAAAUAAUUUACAUACCAAACCUCGUCUGUCACGCGAGGAAGAAAAUAAAGGAUAUAAAACACACAAGCCUCGAACUUGGGCCCAUGAAGGAUCGGAACCGCCUAAUAAAAAAUUCAAGCCCGAACCUGUUCAUUCGAGGGCUGAUUCCUAUAGACCCACGUAUUCUACUGAGAGAAAACGCCUUGGAAGCUUUGAUGCUGGCUUUAUGAAGCCACAAAUUAAUGUAAAGAGCUUCAAUAAUCAACCACAAACGGAUACCCAUGCUGACUUGAAACUACCGGGAAAGCUUCGGUUUGAGAUGGUGCCAUACUCAAAGCAGCAAGUGGAGCACUUUCUAUCUGAAAGCUUGACACACCCCAAUUUGAAAAUUGCAUACUUCGUACAGACAUCUCAAGAAUUAGUCAGCAAAGCCCAUGGAUCUUUGGUUUCCGGAAAGUCUUCACAAAGUGUGCUAGACUACCACAAGUUUAUAAAAGCAGCUAUCAAGUGCUUGUUAAUACUUACUAAAACGUACAAAAAAGAGUUGACUCCGCACCAACUAGUUUCAAUAUACUACAAGCUAGCAGUAUUGUACUUACAUGAAACAGAGAGCAUUGAUUUGGCAGAAGCUUACGCGACUACAGCGCUGAGUGUUUGCAGAGACCAUUCAUUAAUUGAGCUUGGGUUUUUCUGCGAUUUGUUAAAGAUUGAAAUCUAUGAAAAUUAUAAUGUUACAAUGGUAGAUGGGUUUGUUUUGGGAAGAGUAGCACAUUAUGAAGACGCUGGAUAUCAUUUACUUGCGAGUUGCUUGCAGCUAGCAAGGAUAAAGUACCUAUUAGCAUCGGAUGUCACGUUGGCUUUGGUUAAUCUACAGCGGUUAAUCAAAGCGCCCAAAUUACAUCCAACUAUCAAGAAAAUAGCGUUAGUUUAUGUUGCAGGAUUGCAAAAUUACCGUGGUGAUCCCGACAUAGCUGUGGAAUUUCUAAAAGGGGUAGACACCACAAAGGAUUCGCAACCCUUUGUGGCGUAUGUCUUGAUGACGAAAUUGCUUGCAAAUAUGAACUUGAACAGCACUUCCGAGGUCAAGCAUCUUCUUAGAAUGCUUAUGGAACUCUUUAAUGAUGGUACUAAAUCGAACUGGAACCAAUGGCUGGUUCAUGGCGAUAUCAAAUUUCAUGUUAAAGGCGAAUCAGAUAUAGAAUUUGAUUUCGUGGUUCCAUGGUUGCCUGUGCUGGACUUUAAUAUCAUGUUGUAUUUCUUGAGUGGUGUUGCUUAUUUGCACUCAAUGGGAGAUCAAUCCAAGGUUUGUUUUACCAAGGCACUUAAACUCAUUGGUGAUGCUCAAGAGAAUCUUAAAUUGAACAAGAGCUUAGCCAAGUACCUCACUGCAUAUGAGGCGAGGAAGCGUAAUUUGAAGUUGCGGUACUACAAGUAUUUAAUACAGUAUUACCAGCAAUGGCAAUCAUUCAUUGACGAUAAUUCAAAAAUCGCUUCCUUGAAUGAGUUUAUGAAUGCCAACAAUAAAGGCUUUAAUCGAGAAGAAAUUACCAUGUUUACGCCCCUUUUCCCCUACAUUAAUUACAUGGUUGCCAUGUAUUAUCACAGCCGAGGUGAUAUUCAGGCCGCCAAGUUCUAUUACUUGAAAGUGAGAAACUGGACAAGUAUAGUUGCCGAUGAACCAACCAUCUCAUUGCAGCAAAUGUCUAACGGACUUGGUGGAAAUGCAGUUUCUCCCCUGGGAAAGUUUAGUGAAUUGUAUAUUUAUUCGACAUUCCAUUUAAUCAUCCUUUUGGAUUAUGAAAUUACUGAAAUUAUACUGAAAGAAGAAACGGAAGAAUCAAAACAAGCAGUUGAAAAAUUUAGUGGUAUUAGAAAUACCCUUUCUGAUGAGUUUGCAUUGGCUAGCAAAGUACCUGUUAAAGCUGAUCAAUUUCAAUCUAGUUUUGUUAAUACCAAUAAGCUUUUAAAAAUAACGGUGGAGAUCAUCAUGAGGGUGCUUAAAGAUUUACCACCGGAUUUUGCUGCAAAUGAGUUGAAACUGAUGUUGGUGAAGAUUGGCGAUAAAACAACUUUUUAUUUCAUUUACUUUUUAAUUUCAUAUGCUUUGGUAUUUAAAAUUUCAGGCACAACUGAAACAAACAAGGUGAUUAAACGAUGUUUGGACUUGCUUCCCAAAUCGAAAUCAGAUGUGGUUGAAAUGCCACUGGGUAAAAAGGUGCAAGUGUCUAUAUCUGAAUCAGUCGAUUCUUGUCGAGUGUUUUUAUUACGCAGUUUGAUGCAAGUACACGAGAGUAAUGGUUUGCAUAGUCAAGUGGAUAUGGAAAAAGUUCAAUUGGAGAGAUUUUAUAAAUUAUUGGCUCCAAGGUAUGCGAUGUUGGCGGAGAAUGUGAUUUACGAUCCAACUUUUCAAAGUUUGGCGCAACUGCAAGCAGAAGAAAAGCAGGAUGUAGAGAUGAAUAAUGCAUGA